AUGACGAUCUUGAACGAGUGCCACUGGCGUCAGAGAGCCAAUCUCGAUCUCGCAGCACGCGUGUCGCGCGGACUAUUGAAAUUUAACGUUCAGCUAGUGGUCACGACCAUCUCGCGACAAGGCACUCGGACGCGUCUUCUCAUCGUCGACCACGCUGAAAUGGGCCAGCUGACCGCAGUACCUCGUCUGAGGGAUCCCAUCUACCUUAAAUCCUCAUGCGGCUCCGCCAUCGUAGAGAUUUCGCACGUCACUCGUGCACUGCGAUUAAUGUCAUCCACAUGA